CUAUCCUUGUAAUCUUGGUACAGCUGGCAAAUAUAACUGAACAAUGAAGGCUGAUGCUAGUCAGAUGAAAGCACUGUAUGAAGCCAAUGGCUAUCUGACUGCGAUCCAUGUACUGGGUGAGAAGGAAAUGGAACAGGCCAGCAAAGAGUAUGGAAAACUGGAACAAAAGUUUGGCAAGGAGUACACUCAGUACAACCUGCACAACAUCCACAUGGAGCAUGAGUGGGUGAUGAAUUUGGCGUCCCAUCCCAACCUGCUGCAAGCGAUCACUGCUGUGCUGGGUCCUAAUGUCAUUCUGCUGGACUCCAGGUUUAUCUGUAAAUAUCCUUCCUCUGACGUUCCCCACAAAGAAAACAUAGCGCCCUACGUGGCCUGGCACCAGGACAUCAAAUACUGGGGGUUUGAAGGAGGUCCAGUGGCUUCAGUGUGGCUGGCAUUUGAUGAUGUGGAUGCAGAAAAUGGAGUCCUUCAAAUACUUCCAGGGAGCCAUAAACAAGGUGUUCUAGAGCACAGAAUUGCGGAGAACCCAGGGAACAUGCUGACAGCCAAUCAAGAAAUCCCGAAACACCUGGUGAAUGCGGAAGAUGCAGUGGAAUGCCCUCUUAAAGCUGGACAAAUGUCGGUGCAUGAUGGGUUAACAGUUCAUGCCAGUGAACCCAAUAUGUCAAACCGGAGAAGAUGUGGAUUUGUGAUUCGCUAUGUUCCCACCGUUGCUUAUCCUGUUAAGGAUCCCGAACGCCCCAGAACAUUCCCGGCAACUGUGCUCGUGGCUGGAACGGAUGAGUUUCAGAACUUUGAAAACAACGCUCCCAACUUUUUUAGCAAGACUUUUUAGCUGACGAAUGAAAGAAAAGGGCUUAAAUUAUUUUUUUUAGUAAAUUAUAUUAUUUAUAUAGUAACCAUUUAUGUAAAAAAUUCAAGUAAGCUAAAUUAUAGC